AUGCAGAUCUUCGUCAAGACUCUAACGGGAAAGACCAUCACCCUCGAGGUCGAAUCCAGCGAUACCAUUGACAAUGUCAAGUCCAAAAUCCAAGACAAGGAAGGAAUUCCUCCUGAUCAACAGCGAUUGAUCUUUGCCGGAAAGCAACUUGAAGACGGCCGCACCUUGAGUGACUACAACAUCCAAAAGGAGUCUACUCUGCACUUGGUCCUUCGCCUCCGUGGUGGCAUGCAAAUCUUCGUCAAGACCCUUACCGGAAAGACCAUCACUCUUGAGGUUGAGUCAUCUGACACAAUUGACAAUGUCAAGUCCAAGAUUCAGGAUAAGGAAGGCAUUCCUCCUGACCAGCAACGCCUCAUUUUCGCAGGCAAGCAACUUGAAGAUGGGCGCACUCUAAGCGAUUACAACAUUCAAAAGGAAUCCACCCUCCAUCUCGUCCUUCGCCUUCGUGGUGGUAUGCAGAUCUUCGUCAAGACUCUCACUGGCAAAACCAUCACAUUGGAGGUUGAGUCAUCUGACACCAUCGAUAAUGUCAAAUCUAAGAUUCAAGACAAGGAAGGCAUCCCUCCCGACCAACAACGAUUGAUUUUCGCAGGCAAGCAACUUGAAGAUGGGCGCACUCUUUCCGAUUACAAUAUCCAGAAGGAAUCUACACUUCAUCUUGUCCUGAGAUUGCGAGGUGGUAUGCAGAUUUUCGUCAAGACUUUGACCGGCAAAACUAUUACUCUAGAAGUGGAAUCCUCAGAUACGAUCGACAACGUAAAGUCGAAGAUCCAAGACAAGGAGGGUAUCCCACCCGACCAGCAGCGAUUGAUCUUUGCAGGCAAGCAACUUGAAGACGGUCGAACCCUCUCUGACUACAAUAUCCAGAAGGAGAGCACCCUGCAUUUGGUUCUUAGACUUCGAGGUGGUCAGUAA